CUGAACGCAUCGCGUGAGGCGGAAGUAGACCAAGCUUCCACAUCGGGGCAUCGCGGGCGAAAAAAACAUAAACAGAAAAAAUAACUAUCCUGCUGAAGAUCCAAACCCGGUUCGGUGUCAGAAUGGGUCCCCUGACAUUUCUUUACCUUUGUGGAACAAUCUUCACCGUGAAAAGCGAAUUGCACUCCCUCACUUACAUCUACACGGCCUUCUCCAAACCUGUCACUCUCCCGGGGCUGCAUGAGUUCACCGCUAUGGGUUUGCUGGAUAACCGAAUGAUUGAUUACUAUGACAGCGAACACCAAAAGAAGGUUCCCAAACAGCCAUGGAUGGAAGAACACCUUCAAAAAGAGUACUGGGACAAAGGCACCCAGUCCAGAAAGAGCAAGGAGCAAUGGUUCAGGGUCAACAUCGACAUUUUGAUGAAACGAAUGAGACAGAAUGACACUGAUACCCAUAUUCUUCAGUGGAUGCACGGCUGUGUGGGUGAAACUCAGCCCGACGGCUCUCUGAAGUUUGUCCGUGGGAUGGACAUGUACAAUUAUGAUGGAAAGGACUUUCUGUCCUUCGAUGAUGACAAACAGGUUUGGGUUGCUCCAAUUACAGCAGCAUUGGAAACCAAGAGGAAGUGGGAUGAGGUCCAGGUCCUGAAGGAAUACACCAAGGGAUACUUGGAGAAGGAGUGUAUGGAGUGGAUGAGCAAGUUCAGAGAAUAUGGGAAAGAACAGCUUGUAGAAGCCAAACCACCUGAAGUGCACAUGUUCACACGAAAGGCCAAAACUGAAUCAAACAUCAUCUUGACCUGUCUGGCCACCGGCUUCUACCCUAAAGACAUCAUUAUGAAUAUUAGAAGAAAUGGACGUGUCCUGAACAAGGAUGACGGGCUGCAGAAAUCUGGGGUUCUUCCAAACAAUGACGACACCUUUCAGCAAAAACUCUAUGUAGAGAUUCUGAAGUCUGAUGUUUCCACCUACACCUGUGAGGUCAACCAUCCUGGCUCUGACUUGCAUGUUGAAGACAAAUGGGUUCCUGAUCAAAGCGGCGAUCCAACCAUCAUUGUCGUCGUGGUUGCAUUGAUUGUCUUGGGCGGGGUCAUUUGUGCUGUUCUGUUUCUGUGUAGAGACAAGCUCUUCGGUACCAGUCGUAACGGACGCUCUGAUGCCACUUCCAAUGGUGCAGUUAAUACCGCUGUUGCCACACCUCUCAUUGCUACCAAUGGUCAUUCUACCAAUGGUCAUUCUACCAAUGGUGCAGUUAAUACCGCUGUUGCCACACCUCUCAUUGCUACCAAUGGUCAUUCUACCAAUGGUCAUUCUACCAAUGGUGCAGUUUAUAUCGCUGUUGCCACACCUCUCAUUGCUACCAAUGGUAAUUCUACCAAUGGUCAUUCUACCAAUGGCACAGCUAAAGAAAACGGUAACAACCAACCCAUGACUGAGGACAAUGACUCCAUUGAGUCUGAAGAGAGCAAGGACUCAGGACAUGGCUGUAAGUAUUGCUAUCGCAGCACUUUAGGUGACAGUUUCUCUGAGGAUUUUCUGAUGUUGCCAACAUGUCAGCCUUUGCUGGUGGAUCCAAUGAAGGAAGCCAGCACUCUUGAGUUAAAUGGUGUGACUACUGAAGAGUAA